ACAAAACAAAUUCGUCGUUAAAGUUCAAUUAUUUUAUGCACCGAUAGUUGAAUUUAGAAGUGGAUUCCAACCCUUUUUCUGUACAAGAAAAAACAUUUAGAAAAAAAGUCUUCAAUUUUUUGGUUUUUUUUAUUUUUAAUACGCCAUAUUUUUUUCUGAGGCACGGAGGCUCAAUUUUGACCUCGGAAUUCGAAAGAGCACACCCAAAAAUAGUAAGAAUCAUUGUUUUGGUAAAAAUAUGCUUCGUGAUUCUUUCCGAGAAUGAGGCUGGAAAAUGAGCAAAGAAUUCGAGCUUGUUGGGUGUUAAUGGGUUAAUCGAAUGCGAAUAUGAAGGUGUUCUUUUUUAAAGUCGGGUACUAGGUUCACAUAGCUUACAUACAGUACACUGUAUUUCACAACCUAAAUUAUUGUAAAUUCUUAUAUAAAAUACUUCACAUUACAUCAAUUUUUGUUUUAAUUAUAUUGGCAGAUUAACGUCGUCUUACAUGGCAGUAAUCUUUUUUCAUGCUUGGAUCUUGCCACGUCUUGGUUCAGGACCUUUUUGGAAGCAUAAACUCGAACAAGAAAGCAUACGAUGUGUUACUAAUUGGUGGACGAAUCUGUUAUACAUCAAUAAUUAAGUAAAGUCGUCAGAAAUUGUAAGGAAUGUGUGUUUAAAUUAGUUAAUGUAUUAUUAUAUGCGAAAUAAUUGUUAAAGUUAUUUAUACACGUAUAUCUUAAUUGUAUUCAUCUAUUUUAGUGUAUGUUUCAAUCAUAUUAUUUAUCUGCCAAUUUUCAAUUUUUCAUUCUUAAUCAAUUUAUAAUUUAUGCAUUCUGGCGCAUGUUGCGUAAAAUCGGAUAUUUCUUCCUCGGAACACUAACGUUUGCUAGUUGCUUGAUACCAUUUAUUGCAGCAUAUUCUUAUGGCGCAAUACCUGUUUUGGCAAUAUUUACAGUAAGUUAUUUUGUUAUAUUUGUUACUUACACGUUAUGUUAUGCAGUGUUUUAAUAUGAAACAUAUUUCUUUUUACACGUUUUACACGUUUUAGAGACAGAACGUUUGUUACAUCUGUAUCAGCAAAUGCUAAGUUCUAUAAUCUAUAAUUAUUUUCUGCAAAAUUCUGAGUCACUUUAACUUUUUCAGGGCGCAUAAACUAGAAGAUGUACUUUAUUACAUAAAUUAUUACAUAAAAACACAUAUGUGUGCACCUGCAAAUCUCAUUGGUGUAAUCGCUGGUGCAAUACUUUAUGAUCAUGGAAGAAUAAAAUGGCGACUGUCGAAAGUACUUGCAUUGUUCUGGUAUUUACAAUAUGUUUUCAACUCAGUUAACAUGUGGAAACCUAUAGCUCUUUAUAUUUUGCAGUUCUGGUCACAUAUACUAGUGGUACCGUUGCCGGUGAUUGUAAUCGUUGUUUUUCACGUAUGGUCACGUAAAAUCUUUAUACCAUAUGAUAAUUGGUCAAUUUUCAAAAAUACAUUUUAUGCAUUUUGGUUUAGAUUAAUACCUGCGUUGUGGACCUGCACAAUGAUAGUUGUACUAUCUACUGGUAGCCAAUUAGAAUUUUACCAUAAUAUUUUUACUCCUCGCUGGGUUCAACCAUUGGCAGUAUUGACUUACGGAGUCUAUCUCAUCGCUGAUAUAUUCCACGCUUUUCACAUUGGACGAGCCAGAAGCGCCAAAAUGUUUUCCUGUUUUAAUGUAAUAUGGGAAAGUAUAUCGACUGUGAUUACAUCCUUUGUGGUCUCUUUAUUCAUCGCGAUAUGCAUCAAGAUGCCAUUUAGACAACUGGUAAAACAAUUCUACUCUUCGAAGAAGUAAUAAUACUGAUAAAAGGUAGUAAUAAUAAAUAAGAUUAAAAAAAUAAAAAUUGCUCAUUCUUGUUGUUUAUAUUUGAUUGCCAGAAUCCAUCUGUAUUGUUAUAAUGGAACAGUAUAAGAAGGGAAAGAAAGCAAAAAUGUCUACAAAUUUUUGCGGAGUGGCAGCAUAAUAAUGUAUUUGAACUACGUUAUUUACAGGAACCCACAAAAAUAUUUUUUGAGUUUGAUGAACUUGAAAAAUGGUGUAAUGUAGAUCAAAGUAAUGGAAACGUAAUUUUUUAAGUGUUCAUUCGCAUGGUGGUUAGAAGAUAAAAUACCACUUUGACAAAAAUCAUUUCUUGUUUUUCAGUCUGAAAUAAAUGAUUUAUGCAAUAA